AUGGAUUUAAACGGCACGCUGUCAGGGCGCGAAUUUGACGUCCUGGAGCAGCGACUCUUUGGGAAUAACUCCUUGUUUGGAAACAGCACCUUUGGAAACAGCACCGCCGCUUCCAACACGGAGGACGAAGACUUGGAAGUGAAUACCGAUGUUUACUCCAGGGUGAUAGUCACUGUCAUAUACGCUGCUCUGUUCGCUGUGGGCUCUCUGGGGAACUCCAUCACUCUCUACACCCUGCUGAGCAGAAAGACCCUGCAGAACCUCCAGAGCACCGUGCACUACCACCUGGCCAGCCUCGCCGUCUCCGAUCUGCUCAUCCUGGUCCUCUCCAUGCCCAUCGAGCUCUACAACUUCAUCUGGUUCCACCACCCGUGGGUGUUCGGGGACGCGGUGUGCCGGGGUUACUACUUCCUGCGGGACAGCUGCUCCUACGCCACCGCGCUCAACAUCGCCAGCCUGAGCGUGGAGCGCUACAUGGCCAUCUGCCACCCGUUCAAAGCCAAGAGCAUCAUGUCCCGCAGCCGCACCAAGAAGCUCAUCAGUGCCAUGUGGCUCGCGUCCUUCGCGCUCGCCACGCCGAUGAUCUUCGUCAUGGGCCAGGUGAUGCGUAAAGGAGAGAAUAUAUGCACCUCUAUCGUGUCCCCCGUCACCAUCAAGACCGUGCUCCAGGUCAACGCGUUCCUGUCUUUUGUGAUCCCCAUGGUGGUCAUAUCUACGCUGAACGGGGUCAUAGCCAAUCAGCUGCUUCGAAUGUUCCGGGAGGCGGAGCAAGAAAACCGAGUCUGCAUCGUUGGAGGAAAUCCCACCAUGCUGAACGUCACUGUGGAGCCCAACCGCGCUCAGUCACUCCGCCAUGGGGUUCUCGUUCUCCGAGCGGUGGUCAUAGCCUUCGUGGUCUGCUGGCUGCCCUAUCACGCUCGCCGCCUGAUGUUUUGCUACAUCUCCGAGUGGUCCGAUGACUUGUAUGACUUCUACCACUAUUUCUACAUGCUGACCAACAUCCUGUUCUACGUCAGCUCGGCCAUCAAUCCGAUCCUCUACAACCUGGUGUCGGCCACCUACCGGCAGAUCUUCUUCUCCACGCUGCGCUACUUCUGCAUGCCCUGCCGCCAAACUCCCAGGAUGCACCCUCAUCCCUUAACCCGCCACUCCAUCAGUAUCUCCAGCAACCACACCCUCUCCACCAACAUCAUCAGAGAGACGUCGUACUGAUUGGGCUGAAAAGGAAUACACUUCUAUAAACCCAUCCACUGGUCCUUUGUGAAUAUACGUUCAACUGAAUUAAAUGAGUUCUGAAACUG